AUGAAUGUGUCUAAGAUAAACGCACCGAAUGCCGCUACGGUCUCACAGACCGUGAUACUUGAUUUUCUCAAGAAGGUCGACUUCAUGUUUCCGGAAUAUACGAGAGACGCUGUAUUAGAAGCGAGAGUCAAAGAAGCAGUACAACUCUGGGAAAAUGGCGAUCUUCUUCGCCCUCAUCUGGUCACUGCCAUCAUUCUCACCGCGACAGCUCACAAUAACAUCCCGAGUCUCAACACCAAAGUUCAGAUCACACUGUUCACGACGCUCAUCAUCGCCAUCGAUGACCCAGCUGUGUUCAAUGCGCUCGGCGUCCGCACAUUCCUUCUCAAAAUGUGCACCGGCGACAUCCAACAUAACGCUGGCAUGCUCGGAGAAUUUACUAAGAUUCUGGGCCACAUGUGGGAUCAUUAUUCUGGUUUCUCCGCCAACACGAUCUACGCUUCUGCGCUGCGCUACAUUAACGCGUCGCUUUUGGAGAACGACUUUAGCGGGUUGCCGUUAUCGCCUGAUGAUUUCCGCUUUGUAGAGUAUAAGCGGGGUAUGCGCACCACAACGGAAGCCUACGCUUGCUUCAUCUGGGAGAAAUUCCGGUUCCCCGACACGAAAGUGUUCAUGCAGGCCGUCCCGGACGUUAUGCUUUAUGUGAACUACGUGAAUGAUAUAUUGUCCUUCUACAAGGAGGAACUUGCCGGAGAUACGGAUACCUACAUCCACAAGCGCGCAUCUGUAACCAGAAAAUCUGUUCCUGAGACACUUCAGGCUGUCAUCAGUGAUACCGUCGCGACUGUUGAACGUAUCCGUGACAUUCUGGGCGAAGGAGAAGUGAGGGAUGCAUGGGAGACUUUUGCGGUGGGCUACAUCGGUGCUUACAUGGUUAACCCUCGAUAUCGCCUCAAGGAUGUGCUCGGAGGAGAAUACCUCAUGGACGCCUCUGCCUUCGCGUCCUAGUAGAUAGCAGUAGCUCAGUUCCGGGAGAGGCGCCUCAUGAUAUUUCAUUGGAAUUAGACGGCU